GGCGUCAUUACGUCACCUCGGCGCUAACCAAUCCGGUUGUGAGGAGGGGGCUCUUCGGUUUUGAAGCGGCGUUGUUCGGACAAUCGAUACAAGGCGGAAGCUUAAAAGAGGUAUGUCUCCAGGGGACGAACUCCAAAGCCCCCUCCGUGGUUGCAGCUCUACGCUGGGGGAUCUCACUCCGAGUUGUGGAGAUCCAGAUCGCGCCCACGAUGAGCUGGGGGGAAGGAGCAAGCCACGCGGCAGACUCCAGCAGACGAGGAGGCCAGAGGCUGGCAUCAGCUGCCACGGAGACCGCGUCGGUGAAAAUAGCCCCUUUCUGAAAACACUGAUGGAUGCAGAGGCGGCUGCCAACUCCGCUGCUGUACAACUUGUGUCUUUCAAAGAUGCAAUGGAAGAUGAGCUUGCUGAUUCGAGACCGUCUGCCGUGGACAAACGGCGAGUUACGAGGCAGAGGGGACUUCUGCUGGGGAAGUUGGAGGAUUUCAGACGAAUAAACAAGUCUGUCCGACAAAAACUUAAACAGGUCCAGGAAGCAGAGGCCGAUCGAAUUGAUGCCAACCUACAGAUUGAAAUCUUACAGAAGAAGAUCACGCAGGCUGACAGUGAAAAUGAGCGUUUAAAAGGUGAUUUGAGUGGGACAGAAAGAAGAAUCAAGGAGCUGAUGGAUCUGCGGAGAGAAGAGCAGGAGAACAUGAAGACUGCCGUUCACAUGACCAAGUCUGUGGAGGCGACUCGCGCUCACCUGCAGGGGCAGCUACGCAACAGGGAAGCGGAAAACAAUCGUCUGACGGCACAACUACGGAUGCUGGAAAGAACCCUGGCUGAGCAGAAGAUGGAGAUCAAUGAUCUGAGAGGCUCAAUCACCUCUUUGACUGAGAAGGCAGCACAGGACAAAGAAUCUCUGAAGAAAGCCACACGAGCACAGAAACUGAGAGCGCAGAGAUUUGAAGCUGCCAUUGAGAAAUGCUAUGCACAGUUGAGAGAAAAGGAUGCUCAGCUGGUCAACGCCCGUUUCGAAAGAGACUCCAGGAGACAGCAAAAGGAGCAGACGUCGGGUGAGAAAGACAAGUUCGUGGCUCAUGUGGAGUUAUUGAAAAGUCAAAUCACAGACUUGACAGCGAGGCUGCAGAAGGAGGAGGAUGAGCUGAUCGCGGCCAACGAAAGCGCUAUGCAACGCGUUGAAAAACUCAGCACUGAAAACGGAGACCUCCGCGUCAAUAAUGCAGCACUCCAGGCAUCAGUUGCUCAGAUGGAGCAGCAGUUGGCCAAUUGGGAGUCUGCUCUGGCGGAGGAGAAGGUUGUGUCUGAGGAGAGGAAACAUCAAGCAGAACAGUGUCAAUAUCAGGUCGCAGAACUUCAAGCUGAGAUUGAUGAUAUGAGAAAAAAAAAUGCAAUUAUUUUAAGAGAGACGGAGAAGACAAGCGAUGGGAAAGAUGCAGAAGUUGAGAAGGUGAGGCAGCAGCUGCAGGCCCGAGUGGACGAACUGAAGGCUUACCCUGAGUUACUGAGUGCCGCUGAGCAGAGUCUCUUCGAGUGCCAGGAGAACCUGCGACGCUCGGAGAGGAGGUGCUCAGAAAAGUCAGAAUCCAUUAGGCAACUGCAGGUCAAGAUGGAGAGCCAGACUAAAGUUCUGAGGUCCUCUGCGGAGAUGAAGGAGUCCAUUCACGAAGCCAAUUCCAAACUGCAAGAGAAAGUGAAUUCCGUUCAAACGCAGAUGGACAAGCUGCAGCAGGAGAACCUGGAGCUCGUGCGGAGGCUCGCGGCUCAGGAGGAGGCUCUGAGCUACAGCAACCGGCAGCUGGAUCAGCGCUCGUCAGAGUGCCAGGCCCUCAGCCGGCAGCUGGAGGCAGCGAUAUCAGACGUCAGACAGCAGGUCAAAAAAGUAAAAGACCAAGCUCUCUCCAGAGAGGAGGCUCUUCAGACUAAAAUCCUGGAGUUGGAGGCAGAGAAGAGCAGAAGGGAUAAUGAGCUGAGGCUUCUCCGCCAGAGCAAGAUGACUGCAGAGAGACAGUUUGAGGUGCGUGUGAAGGACCUGCAGCUCAGCCUGGACCAAUCAGAGAGCCACAAACAAAGCAUUCAGAACUAUGUGGAUUUCCUGAAAAACUCCUACAAGACGAUGUUCGAUGAGGGACUGCAGACCUCGAAUUUUGGAUCGUCAUAUUUUCUAAGAUGAUGAGGGAAUCAUCUGAUGAUGGGUUUUUUUAAAGUUUGUAUUUAUUUAUCUGUUUUUUGUGUGUGCACUGUAAUACCGAAUAGUUUAAUUUUAAUCAGACAAAGGAGGCAAGAGUUGAUAUCAUUUUUAGAGGAAGUAAAGGGUUGUUUUUGUUUCAUAGCUCUGGGCUUCAUUAAAAUAUCUACUUCUUCAUUUAGCUGAUUUAGAUAUGAACGUUUUUCCCCCCCAGAUGUUGUGAGAGGUUUCAAUACCUGUUUUAUUUAAUGUCCCAAGAAAGAUUAUGUAAUUUUUUCUCAUGUGUUUGGUAAUCUUGGACUGUGAAUCCUUGGUGCUGCUGUGUUUUAAUCGCGUACAACAAGGAGCCAGUUGCAUUAAUUUACUUUAAAUCAAGCCUGAACUUUAGACCAGUCUCAGAUUGCAGUUUAAGUCGUGUCUGUUGUUACAUGAAUAUUACUCAAUUACUUAUUUAGAUUUCUAAAAAAAAACUACCACAAACCCCAUUUUUGUGUCGACCAAGACUGGCAUGUUACAGCCGUAUGAUCGACGAGUUGUGCAUUAGGAAAUCAUAUCCGAGACACAUUUGAAAAAAAAAUAAGGGAUUAACUGCUUUUCUGUUCUUUUUAUAUGACUGACUGAAUUGGGAUAACUUUGGUUUUGUACUGUUGGUGGGAUAAAACCAGCAAUUUUUAACUGAUGAAUCUGAUAUUGCAUAGACUGCAUAAUACAUAGAAUAAAUAAAUACUUUCCAGCUGGUAAAAGUAAUGUACCACUAGGUGGGACUGUUUAGUUAGCCAUCUUUUCUCCCCUGUCAAGUGGAGUCGUUUACCCACAGUCCUUUGCUUGUCAAUCUCAUCGCAUUCGCUAAACAUACACAAAGUUCCGUGUCUAUUUCAAGUGUAAGAAAAGUGCAACUGGCUCCAAAUAGAAGAGGAUUUUUCUUUUCUUGCCAUAUUUUGAAGCUAUACAUAGAUCUAAUUGUGACAACAAUGAUUAACCAAGUGGUGCUGUAAUACCAAAUAUUGUGUCAGUGCGUAUGUCCCAGCCAUGUGUAACAUGGUGCUCCUUUUAACAUAAAUAUACUCCACUUUUGCUCCCAUUUGAAAAUCAUGCAUCUUAUGAUGACCCUGACCCUUGGAGCCAUGACACACAGCUGCUCAUCUCACUGAUGCUCCAAACCACUUUGGCAUUACUUUGUAUGUGUAGCAAUAAUAAGGAGGUGUAUUGAACGUGUUUAUUAUCUGAUUCUCAGUUGGCCUGAGAUGAAUUGAGUUUGAGAAUCAGUUGUUUAGCUGUCAGAUGUGAAGAUUGUGCCUUUAAGGUUGCAAACACAAUUACUGAGAUACAUGCAACUCUGGGAUAUUUCCAAACCACCGAUGCUGAUUUGUGCUCAAGCUUUUGUUUUGGAAGUUUUUUGUAAGACUGAUGCUCUGGGGCACAGAAGGAUUCAGGUAUCUGCUGCAGCACGAUUUGCCCAAAAUCGGAGCCGUGAUUGUCUUGUGCUGUGCGUCUUGUUGCUCGAUUUGUGGUCCCACACUGUAUCUAUGGUGAUAAACUACCAUCGUCCAGGACCGCUGUGAGGCCCUGGUGUGUCUUUGCCACGGACGUUUUCCCCCCCGUGUGAGCAUUGCUCCUCUCAAGUUCUCAAAGACAAAGCUCUAUUGUGUUCUCCGACAGCGGAUGGAACCAUUUCAUCUGUGCGUGCGUCAGUAACCCUGCUUUUUUUUUUUUCCCUUUCGCACUUGUUCUCAGUCUCCUGGUCUUGCCCCGUUUACGUAACUCCGUUGAUCAUACUUUGGGAAUUUGCUUGUCUUUGCUGGAAAAUAAGCUUACGUCUGACUUCUGGAAGGUUGGGUUGGUAUCACCGUGCAGGAGCAUGAUCGACACACCCUCGGCUUAUGUGCUCAUUAGGCUCAGAUGAGUCGGAUGGCCCAUUUGUCUCUAUUAUUCUGCCGGGCCAAUUAUCCAAAACAAACCGAGGCUUCACAUUUGUGUGUAUUGAAAUUAUUUCCACAAGGACAUAUACAAUAACACAGAUACCUGUUGUAUAAACUUGGAAAAUAACUCUUGGAUAUUUGCAGCCUGACAAAGUCAUAUUUCAAAUUAGAGCAAAAAUAAACGCCAAUUGGAAGCUGACUUGAAAAGUCAACAUCUGAAGGGAAGUCAUCCAAAUCGGAGCAACUGAUUUCAGAUUCAGGGAUUGUCCGCCAUUUUGUAGUAAAUUUCAGAUUAUUCUCUGCUAUAACUUGUUUUGGUUUUUUUUCACACAAAAAAAAUCCUUUAGCUUGCUCAUCUGCCCAACAGCAGGAAAACCACUCGAAGGUUUUCAUUACAGUCCUUCCCUCGACUAGUCAUGUAGACAUGUCUGUCCUCUCUGAAGUGGGUCAGCCAUAUGCAGCUGAAACAUUAUAGCUCAUUUCCUGACGAUUGUAAUAACAGACCCCCUGAGAAGCUCCAGUUUUCUUAUCAUGGCAGAGCAGCCCACCUGUGUAUUUACUUUUCUCCCUAAAGUAAAAUAAAUUGCUAAAUUGUA